AAAGACUUUAUUUAAAGAAUAUUUCCUUUAUUUUCUGGUUCCUUUAUUAAAUUAAAAGUAUAUAUCAUUAUUCCUCACCGGCAUAGCUUCGUUAUAAAGGAAAGGAACAGAGUUUGCUUUUAAACAAAGAGAGAAAGAAAAAAAAGCUCAAAGAACUCAGAAGAAGAAGAAAGAUGUAUCAUCAAGAACAACAUCCUGUCGGUGCUCCUCCUCCCCAAGGGUAUCCACCUAAGGACGGUUAUCCUCCGGCCGGUUAUCCUCCAGCCGGUUAUCCACCGCCAGGAUAUGCUCAGGGAUACCCUGCACAAGGUUAUCCUCCGCCGCAGUACUCUCAAGCUCCGCAGCAGAAGCAAAACGCCGGUAUGCUUGAAGGAUGUUUGGCUGCGCUCUGUUGUUGCUGUCUCUUGGAUGCAUGUUUCUGAUCGGAGGAUAAUUAUAUACGUUGCCUCAGUCAACUUUUAUUUCCUCAUAUAUGUUAUGUAAUGUUCAACAAUCUUUCUUCUGUUGUUAUCUUCUUUCAAUUCGAAUUUUGGUAUCUUAUGUUUUAUUGACUCCGACCAUAAUUAUCUCUCUCUUUCAUAAUCCAAUCACACGAAUUCGAAAUAAACCAGUAAAGAAGUGAUCAGAAAUCUUGAUGAAAUAU